ACUUGGCUGCCCGUCAUCCUUGCCAACAACCCAGCGGGCACGUCUGUGAGAACUGUGGCUCACUACGCACAGGAGGUGGAAUCAGGCAAGUUCCAGUACUUUGACUUUGGAUCGAGGGAGAACAUGAGACGAUACAACCAGAGUGAACCUCCCCAGUACAACCUGAAGAAUGUGGUAGCUCCUGUGGGCCUUCUGUGGGGCAUCAAUGACUUCCUGGCUGACCCCAAGGAUGUGGCACACUUGGCCGGCAGCUUACCCAAUAUGGUGCAUGACGUCUGCAUGCCACGGCCAUCCUUCAACCACAUUGAUUUCAUCUGGGGUGAUGAUGCAGACAAAUAUUUGCCGGGUGUGUCGGUGUGAGGGGAGCAGCGACCGGCCCCUCUUCCACCCUUGUAUAUGUACGGGUAGUAUCAAAUUCAUCCACCAGGACUGUCUGGUGCAGUGGCUUAGGUAUUCCCGCAAGGAGUACUGCGAACUAUGUAAACACCGCUUCCACUUCACCCCAAUCUACUCACCCGACAUGCCAAAGAGGCUUCCCAUCGCAGAUAUUCUCUCCGGCCUGGCGCGCAGCAUGGGCACGGCAGUCAGGUACUGGUUCCACUACACACUGGUGGCUGUGGCCUGGCUGGUGGUGGUGCCUCUCACUGCCUGCAGGAUAUACCGCUGUCUCUUCACUGGCUCCGUGUCCUCAGUCCUCACCCUCCCAUUGGAUAUGUUGUCUACGGACAACCUGGUCUCCGACAUCUUCCAUGGGUGUUUUGUGGUGACAUGCACACUCAGCGCCUUCAUCAGUCUGGUAUGGCUGAGGGAACAGAUCCUACACGGUGGAGGGCCGGACUGGCUGGACCAAGACAUACAGCAUGAGCAUGAGCCUCCAGGAAACUUUGGGUUGCUGAAUGGGGGCAAUGCUGCUGGUGCCAUUCAGCCAGCCAAUGAAAAUGCUCCACCACCCAUCGAAGGACCCAAUGACAACGUGGAGAUCAUGGAGGACCACGCACCGCACCAGGAAGUUCCUCCACUGCCCGCCAACCAGAACAUUGCAGAAGGGGAUGGUGGGGAGCUGCUGCACGAGGGACUACCAGGGAACAACAACUUGGACCCGGGAGCAGCAGCAGAUGACCUCAAUUGGAACCCUAUUGAGUGGGAUCGAGGGGCCGACGAGCUGACGUGGGAACGCUUGUUGGGUUUGGACGGGUCCCUGGUGUUUUUGGAGCAUGUGUUCUGGGUGGUUUCUCUCAACACCCUGUUCAUUCUUGUAUUUGCCUUCUGUCCAUACCACAUUGGACACUUCAUGAUAGUUGGCUUCCAGUUGAAAGGGUGGGUGUCUGCCUCUCACUUUGAGGGCCUCCUGACAGCACUGUGUGGCUACUGUAUGGUGGGGCUGUGUCUGGUGCUGCUCCACACCCUCGCGGCCAUCUCCAGGUUAAACAGGCCAAAGCGAGCGCUGGGACUGUGCUACGUGGUAGUGAAGGUUGCCCUGCUUAGCGUGGUGGAGAUAGGGGUGUUCCCGCUCAUUGGGGGCUGGUGGCUAGACAUUUGCUCCCUCUCCCUUUUUGAUGCCACUCUCAAGGACCGUGAGGUGAGCUUCAAGGCAGCUCCGGGCACCUCCAUGUUCAUCCACUGGCUGGUUGGGAUGGUGUACGUGUUCUACUUUGCCUCUUUCAUCCUGUUGCUGCGGGAGGUGCUGCGGCCUGGGGUCCUCUGGUUCCUGCGCAAUCUGAAUGACCCAGACUUCAACCCUGUGCAGGAGAUGAUUCACCUACCCAUCGUGCGGCACACGCGUCGCUUCCUGGCCUCCAUGGUGAUCUUUGGGUGCACAGUACUGCUCAUGCUGUGGCUGCCCAUCAAGAUCAUCCAUGCCUACUGGCCCUCCUUCCUUCCCUACCACAUCACUCUCUCCAGUGACACGCCAGUAAGUGAGUUGUCACUGGAACUGCUGCUGCUCCAAGUUAUACUGCCGGCACUGCUGGAGCAAGGCCACACAAGGGUCUGGCUCAAGCUGGUGGUGCGACACUGGUGUGUGGCUGUCUCCCACAUCCUGGGCCUCAGAUCCUACCUCCUGGGAGAUGUCCCUCUUGAUCCUCAGGGUGGUGUGGUGAUAGGCGGUGACACAGGGACAGCUGGUGGGGAUGCUGCUGCUGCUGGACCAAGAGCACCACCACAGGCUGAGGCAGAGGAGGAGCCAGCAGAGCCUAUAGUGGAACCAGUAGUGGAGGAGGCGAGAGGAGCAGCUGCAGUUGUCGUUGCUGGUGGCGGCGGAGGUGGUGGUGGUGGUGGUGGUGGUGGUGGUGGUGGUGGUGGCGGUGGCGGUGGUGGCGGUGUUGCCAUCAUUGGUGCAGGGGCGGCGGCUGAUGCAUUGGCUGGUGGUCUUGGGGCAGCCCACCAGGCACUCCUGCAGCGGGAUGGACCAACAGGAUUCCAGGCGUACGUGCGGCCUCGGUGGUUUGGGCUGCGGAUACUGGGCCUGGUGGUGAUGAUGUGCCUGAGUCUUACCGUUGCCUCCAUCAUCUGCCUCACCCUGCCUGUGCUUGUGGGCCGCCACUGCAUGUACUUUGCCCUUGGGGAUACCAAGGUUCAUGAGCUAUAUGCCGGGGCAUGUGGACUGUACCUGUGUCUCCUGAGCAUCCGGGGCAUCACCCUCCUGGCCUCCUGGAUCAUGCUGGGGUGGUCACAAGUCAUCCUUCGCCUGCAGCAGUGGGGCAUCAUGGGUCUGAAGGCACUCAUAGCACUGGUGGUGGUGGCGGUGGUGGUGCCCCUUAUGGUGGGCGUACUGAUGGAGCUGGUCAUUGUCAUACCGUUGCGGGUGCCCCUCCACCAGACACCCAUCCUCUUCCUCUGGCAGGACUGGGCACUGGGGGUCCUGUACACUAAAAUCAUGUGUGCACUUGUCAUGAUGGGCCCCAACUGGUGGCUCAAGACCAACCUGGAGCUGAUCUACCUCGGGGGAGUGCGGGGCCUGGAUCUCAACCUCCUGGUGGGACAGACGGCACUCCCAGUGAUUGCCUGUCUGGGAGCCUGCCUCACUAUACCCUUCGUCACCGCCCACAGCAUUGCUCCCUUCCUGGCGCCCCCCAGUGCUUUGAUCCUAGUGGAACGACGCAUCUACCCCGCCCUGCUUAUCAUCACCCUGCUGUCCAGCCUUAUCGUCAUGCAGGUGGUCCAGUUCACCCGCCUCUAUGAGCACAUCAAGAACGACAAGUACCUGGUGGGGCGACGGCUGGUGAACUACGACCACACCAGCAACCAGUCCCUUUCCUCCCCCCAGCAGGAGAGUGAGGUCACCCCCUUUGUCAGGUGAAGGGGAAGGGACCUGCCAGCUGAGGGGUUUGUGUAAGUUAUACCCUGCCAGACUUCUUCCUGUAUCCUUCCUUCAUCCUCCUCCACUUGGUUAGAUCUUGCCAUGUCUGUAUAUAUGUGAAUGUAUCGUGUACGUACGUCCUUCUACUGCUCCUCCUGGUAAUCCCAUGCCUUUUUGCCUACCACUGAACACGGCAGUGGGUCAUCAAUGAUGGAUGAUGAUCCAGUCUCACUACUGCCUGGUGGUUUCAGAUCAGCAUUUGCAUUGCAGGGGAUCUUGACUGGUUUCUGCCUCUUUUGAGUUCCUACCACUUCCAUAGUUGCACUGACAGGAAAGAUCAUGCUAUAGCAGGUAGGAAUAUGCCUAUUAUUCUAGGUCUGUUUUCAUUGCAUAGAGUCAGAGUCCUGGUACUCCUCCAGUGUGAAUGUGUGGCAAGUAUGCUGAGAAGGACCUCACUAUCAACUAACAGUGUAGUAGUGAUAACAGUCAAGAGCAAGAGAGAGAGAGAGAGAGAGAGAGAGAGAGAGAGAGAGAGAGAGAGAGAGAGAGAGAGAGAGUUUCUUCCACAGGAAAAUGUUCAUGUAACAGAAUUCCUGGAGAUGGAGGUGUGUAGUACAUGCAUGUGGAGGGGAAGAAAAUUUCCUAGUGAUGUACCAGUCAUAUGCAUUAAUGUCCGGGACUCUGUGUGUUGCCUAGUGUUCAUGUAACCUCGACGUGAAGAUGAGAAUUUUCUCCUUGUGUAUAUAUGUAGAUAAGGCCGUGUACCAAGUUGUUUCCCUUGUUACAUUACUCUGAGAUGUGUAGAGUUUGUGAGCUCCCUUGGAUGGGCUGGUGGAGGCCUGCUGUUGCUGCCACCAGGGUGUAGCUGAGGCUGUCAUUCACCACAGUGUGUACCAUGGUGGCAGGAGACUUAUGGUAAUAGUGACAUUGAAGGUUGAGGAGCCAGUGCAUAUGUUGCAGCUUCAUAACAUCUGUUCAUGUGUAUCAUAGGGAGAUGAGGUGCGCACAACUUGAUGUGUAUUGCAGUGUAUCACCGCGAAGAGUUGAGGGUUUGCAUCUGUGAGGUGAUAAAAUAGAGGAUUGGUGUUUAUGGUGGAGUCACAAGUGAAAAGUAUAUUUUGGUUAGUGUAUGAGCUGUGAAACUACCUUAAAUCAUGCACACACACACACACACACACAAACACACACACUUAUUGAUAAUCAAAGUGAUUCUUCCCUCUCAUAUAUUCCAUAUUUCUUCCUUCUUCUUGAUAUCAUGAAAGCAGAACAGUUUUAGGGUGAGUGAGGUGUUUCCAGUCCUUCCUUGUGUGCAUUGAAGGUAAUGAGUCAUAGGUUGCUCAGCUGUAAAUUGUUAACAGUUUGAAAAGAAAUCAAUUAGUGUCAUAGUGCCUUUUGAAAACAGGCAUGUUGUAUGAGCACCUGAAAAUACUCUGAAUUAUAUAUCAAUUUCAUUAUUAUUGUUAUUAUUAUUAUUAUUAUUAUUAUUAUUAUUAUUAUUAUUAUUAUUAUUAUUAUUAUUAUUAUUAUUAUUAUUAUUACUAUUGUUGUUGUUGUAAUAAUGUAUUCAUGUGGCUUUACUAGGCAACUCACACACACACAUGUUUAAAUUAUUUGAUCUACACCUGACACUUGUUCCCUCAGAGCUCCUUAAGGGAAUGGUUGUGAUAGAGGAGUCUCCAUUUAUUCUUGUCCUUACAUUCCAUCCUUGCAUGCUCUAAUCUUAUCUCCUCUAUUGUGCCUUUCUCACAUGUACACUCAUACCCUGUCCUUCCUUUUCUCUGGGGACUCCUCUCUAGCAUGCUCUAAUCUAAUCUCUUAUCCCUUUCUCUCACACAUAUCCUCAUACUCUGUUCUCUUACUUCACUGAGGAUCCUCUUUUCUUAAACACAAUAUCAUCUCCUCUUAUCCUUUUCUGUCACCCAUACUCUUGUAUCUUGCUCUCUCAUUUCACUGGGGAUCAUCUUCCAAUCACCACUCUCACCACAUUCAUAUACACUUAACUUAGUCUUCUCACUUCCUGGCAUUCUUACUAUGUGAACACCUUAUGGUAUUGUAUUUCACCCUUCAUCCACUCUACAUUUCAUUCCUUCAUCUUUACUUGAUAUACUUUCAUAACUUUUACCUAUCCAUUCCUUGGCACACCACAGUCAUCUCACAAGUUAAUCAUUACACUAUUUUGGGUCAUUAAUGUUUUUCUUUCAUUUCACACCCAUGUCUUGCAUUUGUGAAUGUUGGUAUAGCUAUCCUUUGCACAACAGUCAUCUCUCAAGCUAAUCAUUACACUGUCUUGGGUCAUUAAUACUUUUUUUUUUUUUUACUUUCAUUUCACACCCAUGUCUUCCUUGCUUAUGUGAGUUGAAAUAGUUAAUAGUUAUUCCAUUACACACACACACACACACACACACACACACACACACACACACACACACACACACACACACACACACACACUUUCCUUACUUCCAUACUUAGUGCCCUUGCCCUUCCCUUCAUCAUACACCCCAUAGCUCCCAUCACUUUUCUUCGUUGCACUGCUCUAAUUUCUUACUUUUUUACUGAAUUGCCUGCAAUAUGCCCUGGAUCCUUGCCCUUCUUGACCCUAUGUAAAUUGACUCCUCUGCUUCUUUCUCAAUCACCUCCCACAGUUAUUAGAGAUGUGUGCUGUUAUUUGAUGCCUGGAGAAAUACAGGUGGAGAUUAGAACUUACUGCACCUUGUAAUCUGUUCUUAUAGUGAUUUAUGUUUUAAUUAGGGCUCCUAUCCCCAUCUUCAUUUUGUUUCUUUUCACCACCGCCACAUCAUCUUACUAUGUGAGAGAGAGAGAGAGAGAGAGAGAGAGAGAGAGUAUCAAUAUCUGCUUAUGGGUUUAUUAUUCUCCUCAGAGGUAUUGCCACAUUUCAUAAAGCCUUUUCUUUAUAAGACAGUAUAUUACACCAAAUAACACAAGCUCUUGGGGAUUGUACUCUGUAACAACCACUCUUGAUUAUUUAACGCCCUUCUGGUCUGUACUCCUUCCAACUUUCAUCCCCCUUUUGUGCUUCAUAUCAUUAUCAUCAGCAAUUUAGCAUCCCUCUCUUCCCCGCUUCUCUGUUCUUAUCACACACUUAAAAGCAGGAUAUACUACUACUCAGCAGUUUCUCUCUAUCGGGUAUGCAGAAUAGCACAUUACUAUCUCAUUUCUAGCUCAUUACAGUUGCAAAUCCGUCACUCCUUAUAGUCAUGGUGAGUGUGAUAUAGUGGGACAAAAAGAGACUUCCUCUGUACGGGGGGUGAAGUGCUUUGUGUUUAUUCAGCCAGUCAUCGGAAGUGUUGAAGUGGCUUGGCUGGUGUGGGUUCUCCCGGCAAGCUAGCUGUGGGCCGUGAGGCGAGGGGCGUGAGUGGCGUGGGUUAAUAUAUGGGCCUUGUAAAUAUUCCGAUGUAAAUAUCACGUCAUCUGCUUGUGAGUGUGGAAAGUGUAUAUCUUUUCUUUAUCAAAUACAUGUUUAUUAUUUUUUA